UAUCUCUAGCUGGUCUCAUUUCAAUGGAUACCUCCACAAUGAACAUUGAAACACCAGAGACUCUAGGACCAAACCAAAAUCAUGUAGAAGAAACAAGAAAAGCCAGAAACUGGCCGUUAAUCAUUAUUAAUUGUGCCUUAGUUUUUUGUGGUGUUAUAGGAGGUCCUCUUUUAAUGAGAUUAUAUUAUCUUCAUGGUGGUAGUCGUAAAUGGCUGAGUAGUUGUUUGCAAACUGCUGGUUUUCCAGUUCUCUUAUUUCCUCUCAUUUUUCUCUAUAUUAAAUCGAAACCUUCAAUGCAAAAGAACGAUCAAAGUUGUUCCUUCUUUAUGGAACCUAUGGUGUUCGUUUGGAGUGCCAUAAUUGGAAUUGUGUUUGGUGUUUCUAAUUUCAUGUACGCAUUGGGUUUAUCUUAUCUUCCAGUGUCAACUUCAAUAAUUCUCUUUGCAACUCAGCUGUGUUUUACAGCAUUUUUUGCAUGGUUGAUUGUGAAACAAAAAUUUACAGCAUUUAUUAUAAAUGCAGUGAUUGUAAUGACACUAGGAUCGGUCUUAUUGGGUAUUAAUACGGAUGGGGAUAGACCAAUUGGGGUAUCAAAAGCUCAGUAUUUAUUGGGGUUUCUUUUAACAUUGGCUGCUGCUGCUUUAACUGGCCUCGGGAUGCCUUUUGUUGAGCUUGCUCUCAGUAAAGCAACCAGAAAUAUUACAUAUUCGACUUUGUUGCAGUUUCAAAUCAUUCUUGGCCUGUUUGGAACCGGCUUAAAUGUCAUUGGGAUGCUAAUAAACAAAGAUUUUCAGGCUAUACCCAGAGAAGCAGACGAGUUCGAGCUCGGGAAAGGCAAGUAUUAUAUGAUAAUAAUCUUGACUGCAUUAACAUGGCAACUAGCGUCUCUUGGUAGCCUAGGCAUCAUUUUAUACACAAACGCUCUUUUCAACGGUAUAUACACAUCAGUUCUCGUCCCCUUCACCGAAGUAGGCGCCGUCAUAUUUUUCCACGAGAGUUUCACAGGAUUAAAAGGAAUGGCAUUGGCAUUAUGUCUCUGGGGUUUCUCUUCCUACUUUUAUGGAGAGUACAAGAUGAUGAAUAAAGUGGGAAAUAAUGACAGUACACACGAGGAAACCGAGAAAGUUGAGAAUGAAACAUGAAUAUUGGAUGAUCAAGAAGCACCUUACGGUACUGCAUGAACACAUGUUCUCCAAGGUUUCCUCUUCCAUGUUAAAAAUUUUAGAUAGUAUAAGCGUGUAUGAUGGAUUAUUUGGCUUUGAGGUAAGAGAAGAAGAGACUGCCCUAACGCAAGGAACGUAUACAAUGGCGGAAUUAUAAUUGAAGGCAGAGGGGGAUGACAAAAAGUGGGGGAAAAGAAGAAGAAUUUGAGUAAUUUUCAGUUGUUUUUUGGUUUUUCUUUGCGAUUAGUGGUAGUUGUAUGAAUGUGUAUAAAUUAAUGCUUUUGUUAUUGAAUGGGUAGGAAUAAAAAAAGAAAAGCAAACAAAAAGUUUAUUUCCUCCUUACAAAGAAAGGACUAUUAUUGGGCUUAAAGGGGUGGGACUUUGGGGGUUUGAAAGACUAUGU